AUGGCUCUGGUUGAGUCUAUGAAUUUCACUUUCAACGCUUCCGACCCUCUCGAGCUCGCCGCGUUGUCCGCCGCUCUGGACGACAUCGUGUAUGGGGAAGAACAGCAGCAGCCUUUUCCGGGACCCUUGCCGCUCUCUGUGUCUGCCGGUUUCGACGACACAGACACGGGUUUUCAGCAGGAUCAAGAUGUUGACGAGAUAGGAUCGGUCAGCGACAUGUCUCGGCCAGGGUCGCCAUGCUUCCGCUUCGCCGCUCUGCCCGCCCUUACUGGUCCGACGAUCGACAACUCCUCCGCCAUCAACGACGAGGAAGAGCGAAAAUGGAAGGAAGUCUCCGCCGAGAUCGGUUCUACCGUUGUUGAAGAACCGACCGCGCCGGCUCCAGUUCCAAUGGACCUCGACCUUGACUGGGCUUUCGAUUUCGAUCGAUUCGCGGAAGAGAGAAACUGGGAGGAAACCCUCCGCCGAGAUCGCCCCAGGGGCGACGGAUUUUCAAGCCUCGGUCUCGCCUUCGGGACCGACAGGGUCAAUCUUCAGAUUCGGCUUCGGCCGCGGCUGCCACACCUGUCGUCGCGCCUGUUGCGACAACCAUCGACAACUCCUCCGCCGCCAACAACGCUCCGAGUCUUCCGCCGUGCCGCGCCUGUCAACGACGACGAGGCGAAACGAUGGGAGGAGCACUUUGCAGUGGUCGACGCUGCCGAUCAAUCCUCAGCUUCGGCUUCGGCCGCAGCUGCCACACCUGUCGCCGCCCCUGUUGUGACGACAACCGCCAAGGACGAGGAAGACCAUCAAUGGGAUGGCUUCUUCACCGCGAUCGGAGACGUCGAGGCUCAGGAUUGCAGCGAGGAGGAGAGAUGGGCGUCGCUCCUGGAAGCCGACAACGGGUACGAGUUGUAGGUGGUGGUUUGGUGGUGGUGGUUUGGUGAGGGCGGCUCGUGUUCCGCCAGGGUGGAGGAUGUAGAUAUAUUGUGAGGAUGUGGAGGGCAUGUUUGG